GGUUGCGAGCUGCGAAUGAGGCGGCAACACUGCAGGUCACGGAGAGAAAAACACAAAACACUCUUAACGCUGGAUGGAGAGGUCCUACAAAAAUGAGGUUUUUCUACUUAAUAAUCGCGAUUUUCGGCGCGAGCAGCGUGCAAGCCACCUUAGAAUAUACGUUGGAACAUAGCUCGGUAUGCGACCCGAUGGCCAAGAAACGAACCGUGAAGAUGGGCAACAAAGAAAGGUCUGCCCUGCACCUCACCGAGGGAAGACUUUUCCAACAUUGGACUGGCACGAGAAGUUUCAACUGUACUUUUCUCGUUCAGGGCAUUUCUAAGGACGAGCUUUCUGUGGUCAUUCAAAACCUCAAUUUUCGUAAGGACCCUGUCACAGAAGAAUGCAUUGAUUAUGUUCAGUUCUAUCAAGAACACGGCAAAGUUUUGAAGUUUUGUGGUGAAUUGAAAGUUGACAACCCUAUCGAUCUGGAGGAACAUAAUAAUCUGUUAGACAACGCAAUUUUGCACUUCAAGGAAGACAUUCUUGUCAAUGUUUUCGUCGCAAGGAUUCCUUUGGAACCAGAAAUAAAGCUCAAAUUUGAUAUUGUCUUCACGUCUUUCAAACUGUGCUCUGAAAAUGACCCCAACUACGCUCCUUGCGGUGAUACCAAAAUGUGCAUUUGGGGAGGAUUGUUCCAUGAUGGAUACAUCAACUGUCCGUACAAUGGGUGCUACGAUGAAACGUUGUGCUUUAACCCUUAUCCUGAACACAAGAAGACAAAAUAUCAUAUCACUUCCGAGCUGAACUUGCUCUUCAUCCUCGCGACGACGUGCGUCCUGAUGGUGGUGGUCGUGUUUGCGUACUUCAAGUGCCAAGCGUACUUCCUCGACGACGGCAUUCCCCCGGAACUAAGGUGCGGCACGCCGACGUGCGCCACCGCGCCGCCCUUGGAGGACCCGAAGGACGCGCCUCCUCCGUACCACAGCCUGUUCCCGGACAGCGAUCCCGAGCAGGGUCCAGAAGUCACCCUUCUGGUCCAGCCGCCCCCCAACCCGGACGAGCAGACUGCCAGGAUAACAGGGCCAAGUUCGGCGGCCUUUUCAACUUAAAAAAAUUUAAAUUAAGUCACACAAUUUAGCCGAUUAAGUUCAACUUAUGAUCUGUACCGGCCCAUGAAUCUUAAUUUUUGCCUGGUUGGAUCUCAAACCGUAAUUUUACGUGCAUGAAUCUAGGGUCACGUCUUCCAUGGACAGAUCACGGUGUUAGAAUUAGUAUCAAUGCAUGGACUGCACUCAUUCGAGAAUCUCGCAGAAGAUAUUAAUUUUUUUUCUCAUUUUCCCUACUUAAAUCGGAUUUUCUUCAAAAAAAAUUGUUUUUUGAUACAUUCUGCCGACUUAAAGACUGAGAGGCCUUCUGAACUUAAACUUUGGUUUUGAAACAAAGUCUGUUCACCUUUGAGUGAGUUUUAACCUCUCAGAAGAUCAUCUUUCAUGGUGUAACGCUAGUUACCUUCCAGCUAACAGACCGAUAGUUAGUAAGGAGUAUUAAAUUUAGUAUUAUAACACGUGCCUUGAACAUCAUGAACGCAUAGACACGCAAGGAGAUGCGACAAGAAUUUUUAUUCACCCAGAAAAGAGUUUGGAAUACAACACAGUCGUAAUUGUUCAAAAUUGUGUACUUAAUCCAACGGCAGUAUAUCUGGUGAAUAUCAGCAGGAUUUUUGUUGUAAACGCUUGAACUGAACAUGUAUUAUUUGUACAUUACUCACUUUGCUCUCGCUUGUGCCGUCUUUGUAUUAUUGUCAGGACUUUUUGUCCAAUAGGGUUCUGGCAACAAUCUUAAGGAAUCCCGGAUAAUUAAGAAUUGGACAAAGAAAUGUAUUGAUAUACUGGCUAGCUCACUUUUCAAAGCAUGAGAGCUCUUGUGAUUUAUAUUUUAACUGUUGACUGCGUAAUUGUACAAUACUUCUGGAGCAAUAGUUGAAAUUAAUUAAAAAUUGGUACAUUUCAAAAUUCCAUCAGAAGCCAACGGCAAAAUAGUUGCCAACUUUGUAAACACCUGAUGGUCAAUUAAUGUGUAAGAUAGCCAAAAAGAGAAUAAAUCCUGUUAAAGUACGUAAGGUGCUAUAAUA